AUGUGGUACGGAUAUGUUUGUGUGCGCGCGGGCUCUGAAAGACCCCACGCGACGAACCGCCAGCAAAGACGCAUAUUGAGCUGGCUAGAAGAAGAUGUCGAUGACAUCCUCGGUGGUGGUGAUGAUGAAAAUGAAACCGGAGUGUUUCCUGAUAAAGUGAAUGAGCAUUACAUCGACUCGGAACAAGAAUGUGAGGAUGAUUUGCAUCAGGUAUUUUCGAAUUAUGAUGAAUCUUUGGAAAUAUCAAACGAAGAGCACUUGGGUUUGGGAUUGGUGAACGAAUCUAUGGCAGCCCUCGAAUCUGCGUUGUGA